CUGCCGGAAUCGUCCACGACUCUCAAUCACCACUCGGGUGGUGAGAUUUUCACCUUGUCCACCCCGUCAGGUCAGAGCAGUGACCUGCGCCAAGUCGCAAAGUUGACGAACCCAACCCCCCUUACGCCUUCUAACGACCGUCACGAAAUUCACGAACUCACGACCUCUUCCUCCCAGCGCCAGCAGCGGAGGCAGGCGCGAAACAUCACUCCGGAUCUACUUGAGAGACCGUCCACAGCUUCAUCCCAUCGAACCCUUCGUCGUACGCCGCGAUUCGAGGCGACCCCGAGUCCCACUCCGCAGUCAACGCGCCAAGUCCACAUCGAGGCUGCUUCGGUAGGUUUCAGUCCCAGAGCACAGCUUGCGACUGCACCCGCGCCUGCGCCAGCCCUUGCGCCCGCGGCUACCGUUGACUACGACGACCCCCGACUCGUCGCCCACGAAGACAGACGAUUUUCGCGCACGCGAAGAGUCCUUUCACAGGAUCUGAGCGAGGAUUUCCUUGAAGAAUCCUCGGACGAAGCCCCGUCAUACCGAGACCGAUCAUCCUCCUCUCCCAACAAAAGACGCGAGUCUCACCGACCUCACCGCGUCUCCAGAAACACCCGCAGCGCCAUCCUCUUCGCACUUGAAGAAGCGCUCCGACAGCCCCACCCGUUCACGCCCGACGAGAUCGAGGAAAGCGCAUCAAUGGCCGACCUUAUCGGAGGCGGCGCCGCCGCUUCCAAUGGCAAUGCGUCCAGUUCGACUCGCCGCCCGACCGGCGCGCCCAACCCUACCAGCUCGCCUUCUGGAAUUCGUGGUCCUAGAAUGAUCAUGCAGGAGCGAGCUGCCAGAGAGGCCGCCCGGCAGAAAGCCGAGCAGGAGCAGAUGCAAUUGGAGAGACAGCGAGCUGAGCAAGAAGCUCGUUUAUUGGAGGAGACUCAGAGACGGAAUGCGGAGCGCCGAGCUGCCGCCGCCGCCGCCGCCGCUACUGGCGCUGCCGGAGGAGGAUCAACUGGUGGCGCCGCCAACGUGCCCCAACAAGACCUCACCUCUCAACGCCGACCCGUAGCUAACGAUGCCCCACAACCCCGACCCGUUGCCGGAGGAAGCUCCCGCCAGCCGGCCACGUCACAGCCCCAGACUCGACCUACCCGCACAUCGUCGAUUUCACAGGCUGGCCAGCAACAGUACAGCACCACCCAACAGGGCGGCUCCACUCAGCAGCCUACCAACGUCGGCACCCAGGGCGGCCAGGAGUCGAGCGUCACUGGAUCGAGACCUAGAAAUUCCUUUCCCCACGCAUUCGAGCGCUGGGAGACCUUGUCAGCCCACUGGGAGGGUCUCACCAGCUUCUGGAUUAGACGUCUGGAGCAGAACAACCAGGAUAUUGACCGCGAUCCCGUCAAUCAGGCCCUCUCUCGUCAGGUGACCGACCUUACUGCUGCCGGUGCCAACCUGUUCCACGCCGUCGUUGAGCUGCAGCGUCUGCGCGCCAGCUCUGAGCGCAAAUUCCAGCGCUGGUUUUUCGAGACCAGAGCUGAGCUGGAGCGAUCCCAAGAAGUAAAUGCCAUGCUGGAGCGUGCCCUUGAAGAGGAGAGACGUGCUAGAGAAAACGCUGUCCAGGCCGCCAUCCAGAAGGAGAGACUUACCUCGGCGAACGAUGAACGCGUCAAAGAGAUGAAGAAGGAGCUUCAGAUCUCCAAGGAGGAGGCCCGUCGCGCCUGGGAAGAGCUCGGACGCCGUGAGCACGAGGAGCGCGAGAGAACUCAGUCUCUUCAGAGCGGCCAGCCCACCAUUGUCGGCGGUGUUCAGGUCGUGCCUAUGACGCAGGGUGUUCCGAGCCGCCAUGGCAGCUCUCGCGAUCAGCGCGGAUACCAGUCGGACUACACCGGCCAGCAGAGUGGCUACACCGGCGACUACUCACAGGCUCCGGCCAACCCGCCCGUUACGUCAAGUCCCGGCGGCAACUUCUACCAACCCGGCGAUGCAGGCCAGGAGGGUGUCAGCUACACCGGCGCUGGCUCUGAAGGCGGUUACAGUGAAGGUGAGUACGUUAUUGACGCGCAGGGCCAAUUCAUUCGCGAUUCCCAGGGGAAUAAGAUUCCCUAUGCUGUUCCGCCUUCCCCAGUUUCUGACGAAGGUCUAGAAGAGUAUGAGACUCCUGCGACCAACCCUCCUAGCGCCGGCUACUCACAACCCCCGACCACCUCCGCUGGCGGUCAACAACAGCUUGCCGAGGAUUACUCUGGCUCGGGCUACGCUGCGCCUGGCUGGGAGACCGUCCCUAGACAUCAUCAUCCGACCCGUCUCAGUGAUGUGAUGGAGGAGGAAGACGAGCGCAGCCGUGCGAGCAACAGCCAGGUUGGGCGGCAUUAG